AUGGCAAGCUGGCGCGGACACAAGCGCCUUCUACUGGCAGUUUUGCUGGUCAUUCUGAGCUUUUGGGGGCUUGCUGUGAUUCUGCACUGUGCCACGCGCAUAGUUGCAUUUGCACAGCUGUUUGGCAUCUUCAAGGACCAUGCGGGUGUACGGAUCACACAGGACGAAAUUUUAGCUGCCUACAACAGCGCAAACUCCGAAAUCCAAAGCCCCACGGUCCCGCGGAUAAUACAUAAAAUAUUUCAUAAUUGGAAUAAUCCGGAAGAUGAUACCCUUCCAGCAGACUGGCAGCCAGUACAUCAAACGUGUCUAGACUUGAACCCUGGCUGGGAGCAUAUGCUAUGGACGACGAAAAGCUCUGAAGAUUUCAUCAGGAAAGAGUUCGAAUGGUUUCUCUCCACAUACAAAAGCUACAAAUAUCCUGUUCAGAGGGUAGACGCUAUGAAAUAUUUCGUCCUUCGUCAUUACGGUGGAAUCUAUAUCGACAUGGAUAAUGGCUGCUCUGCGAACCUUGACCCUCUGACCCUAUAUCCAGCUUUCACUACCGACGGGGGACACGGUGCUCUUAGUAACAACAUCAUCGGCGGGCAGCCUGGUCACCCAUACUUUGUCCUUCUCACCGAGAACCUCAUGCUCUGGCAGUUUAACUACUUGCUUCCAUACGUGACUAUUAUGUUUUGUAGUGGACAAUGGUUCUCUACAGCAAUGUGGGAGAAGUAUCAUUCGCUGCUAUCUUUGGAUGGGUCACUCCACGGCUUCACUGGUGCCGGAUGGAGCCCGUUGUACCGUGUUCUCAUGGACAUGCGUCCUGGAGCUGAUCCCUGGGUGUUCUUUACUCAAGCUCAAGGUGAAUCAUGGGCGGACUGGGAUUAUACGUUGCUCAAGACUAUUGGAGACCAUAUUGUCUUGUUUAUUUCACUGCCGGCUGCCCUCGUGGGCUUUCUAAUUUGGUCAUGCGUGCGAUGUAGGACCCGCCCCAAUCUUGACAACAUAGGAUACAAAAAGCUAGAUGCUUGA